AUUUGAAGAUAAUAAGAAAAAACUUAGACAAAUAUUUAGAAUAGUCCGGUAUUGCUACAAAAAAACCAUAGUUUGAAUCCAUCAAGAAAAUGAGUAACGUAGAUGAUAAGAACUUACUAAAAGAGUCCCAUCAAACCGAGUGUGAUUUAACGAUGGAAGCUCCUACUACAUCUGUGGCAACAAACAAUCCUGCAUUAAGCUGUGUGACUGCAUCAACCGCAACUGAUUCCACAAAUUUUUUUGAAGAAUUAUUUGCACCUGAAGAGGAAGAACAGAUGUCAAUUGUUUCUCCAGGGAGCAAAUACAAAAAAACUUAUGGAUCUAUUUUAUCAAUAAAGAAGUUGAAAAAAUAUGAAAAUAAGAACAAAUUGAAGAUUGACGAACGUUGCCAUGAUCUACUUGAGGAACUGGCUGAAGAUUUGUUGGAGCAAGCCUUACUUACGACACGUGAAGUAGUCAAUUGCCGAAUGAAUUUUUUAGUGGACGCCAAAGAUAUUUCAUUUUUUUUCAAACAAAAAUUCUAUAACAAACAGAGAAAGUAGAGUACAUUUUCAUUAAAGUUUACGAUUUAAA